AUGAAACAAUACCUCAGCUAUGUGAUCCUUGUCAAUUCCAUCAUUGCUUUUCUCUUAAUCGCCAUUGCACUUUUCACACCAUCAUGGCAGGUUGUGUAUGCACGCGAGAUUCGACAAUGGAUUCAGAGCGGUCUUUGGUUGUCGUGUCAAACAAGGCCAAAUGGGAUGUAUAGUUGCACCUACACUUUCUCACAUGACGAUUUUAGUACCUACUUUAGCGAUGAAAUUUCCGGUUUCCGGACUCCAGCAUUCUAUCCAUGGCAGCGAAAUCUACUUCAUGUGUUCCUUAUAUCCCAAGGCUUCGCACUGCUAUCGUUCAUCUGCUUUUGUGUCUCAGUGUCGCACAAAGAAUCCCGCCUGCCCAACAUUCUUCGAAGCAUCUUUCUUGUAAUUGCUGCGCUCAUCGCGUUUGGAUGUCUUGUAACAUUUGCAGUGUUUUCAUAUAUGGUUGAAUACCGAUUCUACCAUGUCUCUGUUAGUGGAAUUUAUGAGAAGCAUCGCGGGUAUUCCUUCUAUAUCGCUUGCGUUGGAGUAUUCUUCUACCUCAUUGCUAUUAUUUUGUCAGCAAUUGAAUGCCUUUUUAUUGCGAGAAGCACUUCGACCACCUCCCAACAAUUCAUCAACACUUCGCAGCAAUUUGAAUAUUUUGACCAUAAUCCUUAUCCUCAGCAUCAAUCAUUUGAAUCAUUUGAGGAUAGAUUCGCAAUGAGAACUCUCCCACCAAUUCCACGAGAAGAAAAACGAACGACUUACUUUUAA